AUGAUUAAGAAUGGUGACUUACAGGAUGUGAGUACUAUUAUCUAUUAUCUGGUUCGUGCUCUUGCUCAUAUUCCAUACUAUUGGGGCGUGACAGCUCGAGCCGUACAACUAACAGAAGCAGAGUUGAGUACAUAUACCACAGGCUCUUUGGUCACAUGGCUUCAAUUCAGUUCAUCAAUGAAAGGAUAUGAACCGCCGAAAUACUUUUCACAAGAUCGUAAUACACAUUUCAUCAUUUACUCAGUAACUGGUCGUUCGAUACGAGAAUUUUCAGUGUUUCCGGAGGAAGAUGAGAUUUUAUUUCUACCACAUUCUACGUUUCUGGUGCUUAGUCAUAAACAAGCCGAAGACAAACAUGUCAUUUAUUUGCGACAAAUUGAACUUGGACUUUGUCAACAUUCUAUUCUAUGGGUUGAUGAUCAUAUUUUCGAUUCAACUUGGGAAAAUAAAGAGCAUAUGCAGCGUGCUUCAACUCGUUCUUUAAAUGGUAAUGUACAUUUCAUUCCCAAAUCAACAACUGAAUAUGCUUUAUCAUUUCUUCGCUCACCAUUUGGCCAGCGUCUAAAGAAUUGCUCAAGGUUUCGUAUAGUUACUGACAUGAGACGUGAUAAUGAGCCCUCACCACGAUUUGCCGGCAUACGAUUAAUUAAAAAAGUACGAGAAAUGGGUUUUCAAAACCGAUGUUUGAUUUUCACGGGCUAUCAAGAAAAAGCUCUUGAGAAGGUUCGAGCGGAAUUAACAAGAGAUGAACGUACUAAUCUUGUGGUUACAGAGUACUCUGAUGAGUUACAUCGAUUUGUUGCCUUCGAAGAAUAA